UGCAAGUUGCCACCCACUGCCCGGGCCUCGCCCAGCGAUGCAGAAAGCCACCUACUACGACAACACCGCAGCUGCGCUCUUCGGAGGCUACUCCUCGUAUCCUGGCAGCAAUGGUUUCGGCUACGACGGGCCUCCCCAGCCCCCCUUUCAGGCCGCUACGCACCUGGAGGGUGACUACCAGCGCUCAGCGUGUUCCCUGCAGUCCCUGGGCAAUGCCGCCCCACAUGCCAAGAGCAAGGAGCUCAACGGCAGCUGCAUGAGGCCUGGCCUGGCCCCAGAGCCCCUGCCCGCCCCGCCGGGCUCACCCCCACCCAGCGCCGCACCUACCAGUACCACUAGCAACAGCAAUAACGGGAGCGGGCCCAGCAAAAGCGGCCCCCCCAAGUGCGGUCCCGGCUCCAACUCUACCCUCACCAAACAGAUAUUCCCCUGGAUGAAAGAGUCGAGGCAAACGUCCAAGCUGAAAAACAGCUCCCCCGGCACAGCAGAAGGUUGUGGUGGCGGCGGCGGCGGCGGCGGCGGCGGCGGCGGCGGCAGCGGCGGCGGUAGCAGCGGCGGGGGCGGCGGCGGCGGCGGGGGAGGGGACAAGAGCCCCCCGGGGUCGGCGGCGUCCAAGCGGGCACGGACGGCGUACACAAGCGCGCAGCUGGUGGAGCUGGAGAAAGAGUUCCACUUCAACCGCUACUUGUGCCGGCCGCGCCGCGUGGAGAUGGCCAAUCUGCUGAACCUCAGCGAGCGCCAGAUCAAGAUCUGGUUCCAGAACCGCCGCAUGAAAUACAAGAAAGACCAGAAGGCCAAAGGGCUGGCCUCGUCGUCUGGGGGUCCCUCUCCGGCCGGCAGCCCCCCACAGCCCAUGCAGUCCACCGCCGGCUUCAUGAACGCCUUACACUCCAUGACUCCCAGCUAUGACAGCCCGUCCCCGCCAGCCUUCGGCAAAGGCCACCAGAAUGCCUACGCGCUGCCCUCCAACUACCAGCCCCCUCUCAAGGGUUGCGGCGCCCCGCAGAAGUACCCCCCGACCCCGGCGCCCGAGUACGAGCCCCACGUCCUCCAAGCCAACGGGGGCGCCUACGGGACGCCCACCAUGCAGGGCAGCCCCGUGUACGUGGGCGGGGGUGGCUAUGCGGAUCCGCUGCCGCCCCCUGCCGGCCCCUCCCUCUACGGCCUCAAUCACCUUUCCCAUCACCCCUCGGGGAACCUGGACUACAACGGGGCGCCCCCUAUGGCCCCCAGCCAGCAUCACGGACCCUGUGAUCCUCACCCCACCUACACAGACCUCUCUCACCACGCACCACCUCAGGGUAGAAUCCAAGAAGCGCCCAAAUUGACACACCUGUGA